GUCUUGCUGACAAAGAUGACUUUGUUAAAAAAUCUAUUCCGAAUUUUAACUCAAUUCACGAGGACUUUUAUUCUGGGGGGUGUAAACGCAACCGGAAAUUGAACGGGCUACGUUCAGUGUCACACUCAAUGCUACCGACGGUUAGGUUUUAAAACUGUUGUAAGCCUUUUAACUUUGGAAACCAUCUUUAUAACAAACACUUAGCUAAUUUUCAAGCUUCGUGCGUGACUACUUUUGUAUGAGGACGAGAUGCAAUGUCAAAAUCCCAGCGAAAAUGCCAUGUGGCAAGUGGUUCAACGAGGAGACGUUCAAGAUUAUGGGAUGCUGGAAGAGUUUGUCACCAUGGUUACAGAGAUUGUGCCAGAGCUUUUGAGUUGCAGUCAGAGGGCCCAACUCAUUCUGGGGCUUCGAGCAAGGAUGGUUCUGGAGUUGUGUCGCACUGAGCAGACAGCAGACCAAGACAUUCAGCAACACCUGGCCAGGAUCCGAAGCCUCAUAUCCACUGGGGAAGCAGAGUCAAGUGAUGCCGAGGUGGAAUUAUCUGAAUCAAAGUUUGUGGAGCUGGUUGAAUCUCUGCUGAAAGACCCAAGUGAAAGGGAGAACUUCUACCAGGACGUGUUCCCUGUGGAAUUUGGGCCCAAGUAUGACACUGCAAUACAGAUGCUGAUGUUAGAAUUCCUUUCCAGACUGGAGAAGUUACUUCCCCUACCAGACCUUGAACAGACUGCCUCCUUGUUAAGUGCUGUCCCCUCUGCCCUGGAGAAAUGUGUACAGUUUGUACCUGACCCCAUACAAUUGAGGACCCUGCUCCAGUACCACAGAAAACUUGGACAUUUGGACUCCAUCGGAACUCCAUCGUCCUUUGGUGACUACAUCCUCUCCUCUCUGUCUCUCCCUCCACAUGUACGUGUGGUGACUGCCACAGAAGUAGAUUCACUAUCAGAAUGUUUGGCUAGAGUGGAAGGAAAAGGGUUGGUGGAGGGUACAAUAGAGAACAAUGGAGGACUACUUGCACCAGAUGAAGAUCAAAGAGACUCAUUUACUGAGAAGGAGCCUGCUAUGAAUAGGAAGCCUGUAAGUGUGGAAACGGACAAUCAAGCUGUCACCGGAAUUCAUGUUCAAACCUCAAAACAAAGCAAAAGGCUGCAGAUUAAGAAAAUACGGUCAAAAGUACAAAAGCCAUGUAAAACGGAUUCUUCCGAGCGUGCAAUCCAACAGCCAUCCUCCUCCAAGGUGCACACCUCCCUGAGGAAGUCAUGCAAAGAGGCCCAUUCAGGAAGACAUGCCCUGACUGUGGGAGGACUUUUGCUCGAGCCACGUCCUUUAGAAGGCACCAGCGAAGCCACACUCAAGAUCAUGAUUAUAGGUUUAAGUGCCUCAAAUGUGCAAUAG